AUGAAAGGAUGGGAAGCAUUGCCAGGUUUGCUUAUGAAUUGUCCAAAACUACAAACCCUUCUUAUAAAUGGUCUCUAUCACAGACAUCACGAUGGAUGUGGGAAUGUGUGCGGCUGGGAAUGUCUGGAAAAUAUUCAUUUUUUCCUUUCGUCUUGUCCGAUGAAAAUGCAAAAGAUAUUUAUUAGGUCUCAACACAUUUGUGACAACAGAGAGAUGGACAUAGUCCAGAUUAGGCAUUUCUUGAAGAAAAUGCCGGCUCUUGAAAAGUUGAUAGUAUACUACCAUACAUCACUUGACACUGAUGUGUUUAAUUUAUUCAAGAGGCUUCAGGAGACUCCAAAAGUAGCUUCACCAAAGUGCAAGAUCCAAAUGAUCUCUCGCAAUCUUUAUUUGUCAUCUACUUUUCCUUGA